AAGCAAGGCACCUUCUGACUUCUGUGAGCCUGCUGGUAGCAACUUGGCCUUUUCUAUGGUUAUAAUUAUAAUCAAUCAACCUGGUCGUUUUUUCGUUCGGGGGCAUCACAAGAGAAGGAUCUCUUGUUGCCACUUCACCGAUCUCUUCUUGUUCUUGAUCGAGAACCCAGGUCUUGCUCUUGAUUGAUCUGCGUACUGCGGAGGUUGCCACGAGAGUGAAAACUCACAAUGGGCAACACACAGCCGAGAAAUGCUGCGGUGACAUCGGAGAAGAUCACACUUAACCCCACAUUUGAUGAUGGAACAAACAACUGGGCUGGAAGAGGAUGCAAGAUUGUCGUCCGCGACUCUAUGGCCGAUGGGAAGAUCGUCCCGAUGACUGGGAACUACUUUGCUUGUGCAACAGAGAGGACAGGGACUUGGAACGGGAUUCAGCAGGAGAUCACCGGGAGAGUUCAGAGAAAGGCUGCGUUUGAAGCUUCCGCUGUGGUUCGGAUUUAUGGCAGCAAUGUCAGAAGAAGCGAUGUUAGAAUAUCGCUGUGGACCCAAACAGCCGAUUCCCGUGAACAAUACACAAGCGUAGCACACAUGCAGGUCACUGAUAAGGACUGGACACAGCUGCAAGGGAAGUUCUUGCUGAAUAAUUCCCCAUCGAAAGUUAUCGUCUUCAUCGAAGGUCCACCAGCAGGAACCGAUAUUCUCGUUAACAGUUUCAUUGUGAAGCACGCCGAGAAGAUUCCUCCUUCACCUCCUCCCGUUAUUGACAAUCCUGCUUUCAGAGUAAAUAUAAUCGAGAAUAGCAGCCUAAGCAAUGGGAUUAAUGGGUGGUCCACUCUUGGAAACUGCACAUUAAGGGUAAAAGACGGGUCUCCAAAUAUCCUUCCUCCGACAGCGAGAGACUCUCUCUGGCCGAAGGACCCUCUGAGUGGCAGAUACAUACUGGCGGCGAAUCGCACAAAGACAUGGAUGGGCCCUGCUCAGACGAUCACCGACAAGAUCAAGCUCUUCUUGACUUACCAAGUGUCUGCUUGGGUUCGGAUAGGUUCCACUGCAAAUGGACCUCAAAAUGUUAAUGUCAGUCUCAAUGUGGAUGACAAGUGGGUGAUGGCAGGGCAAGUCGAGGCUAAUGAUGACAGGUGGUAUGAGUUCAGCGGAUCGUUUAGGAUCGAGAAGCAGCCUUCAAAGGUUAUGAUUAGUAUACAAGGUCCCGCUCCAGGAGUCGACUUGAUGAUUGGAGGGCUUCAGAUCUUUGCUGUAGAUCGAAAGGCAAGGUUUAAACAUCUGAGGACGCAAACAGAUAAGAUUCGAAAGCGUGAUGUUGUGCUCAAGUUCUUGGGGUCAGGGUCAGGGACCAGCAUCUUGCCUGGCAGCGUCGUGAUAGUUAAACAGACCAAGAAUAGCUUCCCCAUCGGAUCGUGCAUGUUAAGAACAAAUAUCGACAACGAAGACUUUGUUGAUUUCUUCACGAAGAAUUUCAACUGGGCGGUCUUUGGGAACGAGCUCAAGUGGUACUGCACUGAGCCACAGCAGGGGAACUUCAACUAUCGAGAUGCUGAUGAGAUGCUGGACCUGUGCCAAGCCCACAACAUCGAGGCUCGAGGCCACUGCAUCUUUUGGGAGGUCGAGAGCACAGUUCAGUCGUGGGUUCGCUCCCUGAGCAAUGCAGACCUAUCGGCGGCAGUUCAGAACCGAUUAUCGGGCCUCCUGUCUCACUACAAGGGGAAGUUCAAGCACUAUGAUGUGAACAACGAGAUGCUGCACGGGUCAUUCUACCAGGACCAGUUAGGGGAAGAUAUCCGGUCAUAUAUGUUCAAGACCGCCCACCAGUUGGACCCUGCACCAAUCCUCUUCGUGAAUGACUACCACAUCGAGGACGGGUCCGAGUCGAGAUCCUCUGCAGAAAGGUACAUUGAGCAGAUCAUCGGUCUUCAGGAACAGGGUGCACCAGUAGGAGGAAUCGGGAUUCAGGGCCACAUCGAGAGCCCAGUGGGGCCCAUUGUCUGCUCCGCCCUUGACAAGUUGGGCAUCCUCGGCCUCCCGAUAUGGUUCACUGAGCUCGAUGUGUCCUCGAUGAAUGAGCACGUGAGGGCGGACGACUUGGAAGUGAUGCUCCGUGAAGCCUAUGCACAUCCUGCAGUGGAAGGGGUGAUGCUGUGGGGAUUCUGGGAGCUGUUUAUGAGCCGAGAAAAUGCUUAUCUGAUCAAUGCGGAAGGCGAAAUUAACGGGGCCGGGAAGCGGUUCCUCGAUCUUAAGAAGGAGUGGUUGUCUCAUGCCAACGGGCACAUCGAUGAACAGGGAGAGUUCAAGUUUAGAGGCUAUCAUGGCUCCUAUGACGUCCGUAUUGUUAUCGCCGGGCAGAUCAUAACGAAGAGCAUUGUUGUCGACAAGGGCGACUCGCCGCUGGUCAUCUCCAUAGAUCUGUAACAUGUUAAUUCAAGUUUAUGUAUGUUUUAUUUCUUCGUUGUAGUGAAAGGAAUGCUAACGGCAAAAUGAAUAAAACCUUCUGUUAAUAUA